AUGGCACGGAGGACGGACACAGAGAAUGUCAAGGAGCUUCUGCGCCUGCUUUCUGUUAGCGAGACUUUCACUCAGUACGAUGCUUUGGAACAGCUGCAGCGGAUCUACUCCCGCCUUCCAGAGCCCGUUAAUGCUGCUAUCCUGGCGGAUCCGAGGUCACUGGGUCACCUGAUGCACGUGCUGCAGACCUCACCCGUUGAGUACGUGCGCAAUGAAUGCUUGAGUUUCUUGCUUUUGCUGACCGCAGAUAAUGCUGAUAUUCAGACGAUCGUAACUGUGCAGGGCUUCAUCGAGACUAUAUUCUCCAUCCUCGAAGAUGAAGAUCUCACCUUGGGUGGCAAAGUUGCACGAGAUCUGCUGCGGUGCCUGAUGAAUGUGGUGGGGAAUACCACAUGCCAGAAGUAUCUGCGAGAAACAGAUGGGGCGGCCUCUCUUGUGUCUGCAAUUUCGCACGCAGUUGCUGGAAAGCCUGGCAGUGAGAGUGAGGAGGAAGAUAAGCCAGAGGUCUCUGCGGAGUCUCGUUGGGCCUGCCUAUCUCUGCUGCUGGAUGCUGCGCUUUUGCUGGCUAGUCCUCUCGAGGAGGCCGAGGCUCGAGAAGCUGAAGCCAAUCGCCUGGCGCUAAUCAAGGCAGGCGCGCUCGACCUGUGCCAGCACCUCUCCAACCCGCAGCUCGCAGAGGCCGCACAGCUGAUGCUUGUGCGGCUCUUCGAGUCGCUGGAACAGUGCCCACAGGCAGAGCCAUGUUCCAUGCCAUGUUCCAUGCCAUGUUCCAUGCCAUGUUCCGUGCCAUUUCACAAGUCACCCGUUUCCUUGAAUCAUGGCCAUGAUGUGCAGAUGUGCAGAGCUACAGCAGCAACAGCAUGUGGCUUGUGA